GUUUCAGAUACCACAGCGUGAUACCGCGUUUGGCGCUUUUAGAAACGUCAAACGUUGGUCAAACCUGUACUUACUUUUUAAAUACUUUUCUAUUUUUUUACGCUCUCUAUUUACAAUUACGUUUGCGAAAUCGCAUCCGCGGAUGAAGUCAUCAAAAAUAAUGUCUACUUUGAUUAAUUCGAAUCAAUUCUGAUUUGGUCAUCCCUGCGGAGAAAAAUUAAAACUGAUUUAAAACUUGGAACAUAUCAGCCGGGCAGAUAGAGUAUCUUAAGGAAAUUUCACAGCGGCACAGAUAAAAGGAAAGUUUGAAGAGAUUUAAACCACCAGAGAUGUUUCUCAGGAUUUAUUCACUUUUAGUUUUAGCUGUCGAUCUCACUAUUCUUCUAGUAGAAAUUUGGUUUUCGAUUUUGGUUGCUUGCUAUCGAACAUUUAGGCCACCUCCACUAAAAAAUCUGCAUGGCGAAGUCGCGAUGGUUAUUGGUGCAGGUCGUGGUGUAGGAAGAGAAGUGGCCAUUCAACUCUCGCAGUUGGGAGUUAGUGUGGCAUGCGUCGAUAUCAAUCGGGAAAAUUGCCAAGUGACCGCCCAACGUGCUUCUCAAUUAUCGGGAGUGGCUAGGCCCUUUAUUUGCGACGUGACUGACAAAAAUCAAGUUGUUGAAAAUUUACAAGCCAUACAGUCAGAAUUAGGUGAGGUUACGAUGCUACUGCAUUGCUGUGGUGUUCCCAGUCCACGUUCUUUAAUGCAGGAUCCUCCAGAAAUUAGAAAAACAAUGGACGUUUCUGUCCUAAGUCACUUCUGGCUUUUAGAGUCAGUUCUGCCGGGAAUGAAACGGGUUGGAAGAGGUCACAUUGUGGUCCUUUCAUCAGUAGCUGGCUUAUCUGGAAAUGCUACUCGAGGAGGAGGUGUUCCUCUAUCAACAGCACAAUUCGCAGUUCAAGGAUUAGCCGAAUCGUUGCAUACGGAAUUAAGACACUCGAACAGUAACAUUAUCAUUACUUUGAUCCACGUUUAUCCUUUCAUCGUCGGUGCUGAAGUUGCAAGGGACCUUCGCUUGAGGAUACCAAGUUAUUUUGGCACGAUGCCAGCAACAGAAGCUGCUAAAAGAAUUUUGGAUGGCGUGCGCAGAAAUUAUGCAGAAUUCAGUAUUCCAGGAUAUUUACUUUACCUCGGUCACAUUUUAAGAAUACUUCCAAAAAAGGCAUCAUUCAUGCUGAGAGAUUUGCUCGACACUGGAGUUGAUUUUGGAUGACGACUGAUGCUACCUAAAAAAAAAAAAUAAAUUGUAAAAUAAAAACAGCUAGGCUGGAGGAAAAAGGUACUGAAGCAAUUGGCCAAUCAACUAUUUAGAAUUAACAAAUACUAUACGUAUACUUGUGUACGCACAAUAUACAUUUAUAA